UAAUAGCCACGAGGAUUUUUCAUUAUGAAAUUAUAAGUGUUAAAGUACCAGUGGCGGGAAACGGUUUUGAUAUCUCGCUUGACGUGUUGUGUCCUAUGUGUACAUAGAGCGAGAGGAGCCGUCUGCCCUGGAGGGCGGCCGACAUGCUGGAUUCGUCUUGAAUCGAUAUUUUUGGAGCGUUGUAGAGCAGAAACCAUGAGGUUCCAAGCUCAAUAAAGGAAUGGCGAUGGAAAAUGAUAGAGGUGACCAAUGACAGCCUGUCCCCGCCGCGAGCGAUGACCCUGCAACGCGCUGGGGGUCGUCCGGGACCCGCGGCGGCGGGGCCCGCCCUGUGUGACGCGCCCCACAAUCCACCCCUAAUGCCAUAUUUUAUAGAAAAUUUCACGCUUAUUAGGCUAUGUCUACAAUCUCUACGGGUGAUAUCAUAUUUAUAUCAAAAUGCCAACACCUACAUCCCGCGAGUGCGCGCGAACUUAAAUUUUUCAAAGCGUCCUCUAGUCAAAUUAAAAGCUGCUGUGAGUAAUGUAUUUAGUUUUCGAACUAGGACAGUGUACUGUGAUGUUAAAUCAUUAUUAGUGAAAACGUUAGUGCAAUUAUUCGUUGUUGCCAAGUGGGUUGUGCUUGUGUCUGUGGGGCGAAUGCGAUGGAGUGGAAGACGAGGCGGAGGGAGCAGGCGGGCGCGGGCGCUGCUCCUGCUGUGGUUGAGCGGUUACAGCCGAUACAGUGAGGGUAGACGGGACAACGACUUACACAUUGGAGGAAUCUUUCCCAUGGAAGGUGAAGGUGGCUGGCAAGGAGGCCAAGCGUGCAUGCCUGCCGCGGAACUCGCACUGGCCGAUGUCAAUGCACGAUCAGAUUUAUUAUCUGGCUUCAAGUUGCUACUGCACAGCAAUGAUAGUAAGUGCGAACCAGGUCUGGGCGCGAGUGUCAUGUACAAUCUACUUUACAAUCCACCACAAAAGUUGCUGCUACUCGCCGGUUGCUCGACUGUUUGCACGACUGUUGCUGAAGCGGCAAAAAUGUGGAAUCUUAUGGUUUUAUGCUACGGUGCAUCAUCGCCUGCAUUAUCAGACCGAGCCCGCUUCCCCACUCUAUUCCGGACUCAUCCCUCAGCAACGGUGCAUAACCCCACGAGAAUCAAACUUAUGCAGAAGUUCGGAUGGUCACGCAUAGCUAUAUUACAGCAGGCAGAAGAAGUAUUUAUAUCUACUGUUGAAGAUCUGGAGGCCCACUGCAAAAAAGUCGGCAUUGAAAUCGUCACAAGACAGUCGUUCCUGUCAGAUCCUGCGGAUGCUGUCCGCAACCUUCGACGCCAGGAUGCGCGCGUCAUUGUAGGCCUAUUCUACGUGGUAGCAGCUCGUCGGGUCCUCUGUGAAGUCUACAAACAUCGACUUUAUGGAAAAUCCUAUGUAUGGUUUUUUAUAGGCUGGUAUGAAGACAACUGGUUUGAGACGAAUUUAGAACGAGAAGGAAUUGAGUGCACCGUGGAGCAAAUGCGGGAGGCAGCAGAAGGUCACCUAACAACAGAAGCCCUUAUGUGGAACCAGAAUGCUAACCAGACUACUAUCUCUGGGAUGACGUCAGAAGAUUUUCGAUCUCGACUGAAUGAAGCUUUACGCGAAGCUGGCUACGACAUCGACGGCGAAAGAUUCCCAGAGGGAUACCAGGAAGCGCCUUUAGCCUACGACGCUGUUUGGGCUGUUGCUUUAGCAUUUAAUAAAACUAUGGAAAAAUUAGAGAAAAAUGGAUUAAGCUUAAAAAAUUUUACGUACACAAACAAGAAGAUAGCUGACGACAUCUACGAGGCAAUAAAUUCGACAUCAUUUCUUGGAGUAUCGGGUCUCGUGGCAUUCUCGUCUCAAGGCGACAGGAUAGCGUUAACUCAAAUAGAGCAACUAACUGACAAUCAUUAUGUUAAGCUCGGUUACUACGAUACUCAAGCUGAUAACCUCACAUGGCUGGACAGGGAGCGGUGGGUCGGUGGUAAAGUACCCCCGGACAGAACUGUUGUAGUGAACGAGCUGCGAACUGUGUCUCUGCCGUUGUUUGCUUGUAUGACUGCACUAUGUAUCGCUGGUAUUUUAGCAGCAAUCGGAUUAAUUGUCUUCAACAUCAUGCACAGGCACAGGAGGGUUAUACAAUGGUCUCACCCAGCGUGCAACACGGUCAUGUUAUGUGGGUGCUGUAUAUGCUUAAGUGCAGCAGUGGCUUUAGGAGUAGAUGGACGCUGGGUACAGCCCCAACAUUUCUCUGGUCUCUGCGCAGCAAGGGCUUGGUUACUAGCGACUGGUUUCUCUAUGGCUUACGGAGCUCUAUUCACCAAAGUCUGGCGAGUACACAGACAUACCACUAAACCUAAAGUGGAAACAAAGAAACGUAUGCAUGGUUGGAAACUUUAUACAAUGGUGGGCGGACUACUAGUGGUGGAUGCCGCGUUACUAACAGCAUGGCAGUUACGUGACCCGCUUCAGCGGCGAGUCGAAAUAUUCCCUUUAGAAGCACCACGGCAUCACGACGAUGAUGUACACAUUCGCCCAGAAUUAGAACACUGCGAGAGCGAACACAACACGGUUUGGCUAGGUGUUAUGUACGGGUAUAAAGGACUCGUGUUGGUUUUUGGUUUGUUUCUCGCUUAUGAAACACGCUCAGUAAAAGUGAGGCAAAUAAACGACUCGCGGUACGUGGGCAUGAGCAUUUACAACGUCGUGGUACUGUGUCUAAUCACCGGGCCUGUGACUUUGGUCAUAGCGAGUCAACAGGAUGCCGCAUUCGCCUUCGUGUCCCUGGCUAUAGUUUUUUGUUGUUUUCUCAGCAUGGCUCUCAUAUUUAUCCCUAAGGUGAUAGAGGUGAUCCGCCAUCCAACUGAGAGAGCUGAAAGCGGUCGAGGGUCUGGUUCAGGAUCGGCCCCAGCUGAUGAAGAGCGGUAUCGGGAGCUCGUGAAAGAAAAUGAAGAACUGCAGAAGCUCAUCGCACAGAAAGAAGAGCGGAUUCGGGUGCUGAAACAGAAACUAGCAGAGCGAGAAGCGGCGGCGGCGGAUGGCGUGACGCAAGAUGUUCAGGACGAACACAUCUGAUCUCCCAAGGCAAUCUUCGGUAGACACGUAGAUUAAUAUAGCAUAAUUUAACAUUGACUAGAUUCUGAUGAACAGCGCUGUAGUGACUUUCUUUAUAUUAAUUAUAAGAGAUAAAAGUGUUCUUAUACGAUUAGAAAACUUGGUAAUUACAUAUUAUAAUGUAAUUUCAAAGCAAAAAGUUAGAUGUAUUUAUUUGGUAAACAUAAUUUAUUCUAAAAUUUAUUAUAAACGUACCUAAGUGAUCUGUUGAACAGUGUUUAUGUUGUCCUAUGAGAAAUUUUAUAUCUAUCUCUACUUGAGUUAUUAAUUGUUGAUCAAAAGGAGCACAUGCAAAUAAAAGUUACAAGUAGCUACAUAUACUUAAAAUCGUACUUUUACUGCGAUUUAUUGUUAAUUGAGGAAUAUUUCUCAAUACGUCACUGAAUAUGAUUAUUUUCAGUGAAAUAUUAUUCAUGGUUAAAUUUAAUAGCUUUUUGUUCUGUACUUUUGUAUGUAUAUCUUAAAACUAGAUAGAUUUUGAACGAAAUCAAUUAAUAGAAAAUUACUUAUUAAAUAAAUUAGAUAUUUCCACUUAGCUGGUGUAAAUUGUAUGCCUCAUACUGAUCACUAACAUUGUUUAUUAAAAUUGCAGAAUCUUACGUUUUUCUUGUCACAUUUUUUUAUCAAAAUAAUGUGAAUUCUUUUACAUAUCACAAACAAUAAUAAUAAAGUUAAAAAAUAUAUACCCACUUGUACAAAACACAACUGUUACAAUUAUUCAAUUAUACAAGGUUCUUACUGGAAAUUAAAAUUAAAUUUUGGCUCAAUUACAGUGAUAUUGGAUGCCAAACGAUAUGUAAAUAUACAAACUUUACAACUCAAUAAAUAUUUUGAUUGUCCGUUAUUUAAAAUAGUCUAUGUAUUUGUAACAAGAUCUAAAAAUAGAUACGCCGUCUGUUAUUAGUUAUUAUACAAAAAAGGUUAGUUAGAUUAUACAGAUGUUACAGCACUGCCAAUUGAAUAAUAUACUUACUUAAGUAGUCGAAAUAUUGUACCUACCUAAGUGACAAAUCUAGAACUAGUUGUUACUGUUAGAAUGUUUCAUAGUAUUUAUUUCAACGUAUUUGGCACGUAAGUCAAUGUAUUAGUUCAAUUAUUUACUUUAUGUAAAUACAUUUUUAUCUCGGUCCACGCUUAGAUAUAUAUUUCCUAUAUUAUUUUUGGGAAAGUUAUAAAAAAUAAAUGUAAUAAUUACUUAAGAUUUAGAACUAUAAUGGCAUAAAUAAUUACAAUACAUAAUACAGGUUUAAUCUAUAGUAUUCUAUACGGCUAGACCAACCACACAGUUGAAAUUAAACCAGAUGUUCAAUUUCAUGAAACUGAACGGAUUUAUUGUUUCUGUGAAGUAACGAAUUGAAUUUGUAAUAAAAAUUCUAUAAGAUUAUUGGAUUAAUAAUAACCAACAGUAAUAAUAUCGGCAUUACUCGUUCUAACAUAAUAAUAUUUAACAACAAUAUACUUCU